AUGAGACUCAAUCGCCAUGUGGCCCUUUUGGGUCUGUUACAUGCAACAGGGGGAGCUGUAUAUGGCUCCCCAGCACCAGCCCUAGCCUACACAGCUAAGACAUACACUAGUUCCGAGGGAACACCUAUGAUUUUCGACGAAGGUACUCUUAUCAAGUUAUCCUGCAAUGGUACCACUCCCUCGGUUGUUAUCCUUGAUUAUGGACGCAAUGUCGAAGGAUAUGCUACCUUCCAUGUCUCUAAAAGGUCUGGUGACACUUCUGCCUUCGAAAUGACGUACAGCGAGACUCGUGCUCUUCUGGAUUCUGACAUGAAGCUGAAUCUGUCUAGUGCAGGCGAAGUCGAGCUGUCCGGUAUCGGUUUUAAACCUACUGUUUCUAGCACACCUAUCGCUGCUCUCCCGGGCUCUUUCAGCUGUUCUGACCCUGUUUUGAACCGUAUCUGGCAGGUCGGUGCACGCACAACGCAACUGACAGAAAUCCCUGCCAAUAGCCUGCCUGACUUCUGGGUUAUUACUGAUGAGGAAGCCUUUAUCGAGAGCUUGGCACCCCAGCCAUUAAACGCCGACUUUGCCACGAGCAUGACUGCCUACGAUCUGGAAUUUUCUGUCAGGCCUAUAAUGAAUGGGUUUGGUUUCACUGUCUUAAGCGACACCAUUGCUAGCGGGGUUUAUAUCUUUGUUAACGCUGCCAAUUCUUCAAUCUCUGCACACGCUGGAUCGACUGAGCGUUCAAAGCCUAUUGCGUCUGCCAAAUUGACAUCAAAUAUCACUCUAAAUCAAUGGCACACAGUCCAUAGCACAGUGAAAAUGGCUGAUAUCUCAGUUCGUAUCGAUGGUGUGCCUGUCUUCAGCUUUUCCCAAUCCGCCGCAUUUUACGGAUCCUUUGGGUUGGGCGCAUCCCUAGGUCAUUCAGCCCUUUUCACCAAUGUUUCUUUAGGUGUUUCUGGAAAAAAGAUGUACAAUUCGCCCUUGAAUGAUUCAUCUGUGUUGCAGGACUUUCUCCUCGGCACAAAUCCCUUGCCUGUAAGCGUUGACGGCUCUCGGCGUGAUCGUAUUGCCUAUAUGGGGGACUUGGAUAUAGCUACUGCCACAUCCUUCGCUAGUACAUACGGCCGUGAAUACAUCAACGGUACUAUAGAGCUGCUGGGCUCGUUCCAGAUGCCGCCCGGCUUUUUUGUCCCAACAGCUAAGGUCCAACAAGCUCCUCGCGCGACUGAGAUUAACGCUAAUAUCACUGGUUUGAUUGGAUAUUCGUUCAGUAUUGUCAGCGCCAUGGCACGCUUCUAUGAACAGACCGGUGAUACCGAUUUCCUGAGUCAUUGGGCACCUAAAACAGCUCGCAUGCUUGAUUGGGCUCAUUCCCAGACACUCCCCAACGGUCUGUUUAAUAUAUCUAAUCCAGCUCUUGGUGGUGAUUGGAACCACUAUGAUCCUGCGUUAGACGGAGUGGUCAGCAAGUUUAACCUGAUUUACGCUUAUGCCCUCAAACAGUGGCUUCCAUUUAUGGAUAAUGCAGGUUUAAAUACUACUCUGUAUGCAGAACGUCUUGACAACCUACAAAAUGCCAUCAACACGCAUCUUUGGAGCCAUACACUGCAGGCGUACUACGUAUCCGAUUCUCACAAAGACUUUCUAUCCCAGGAAGCAAACGCCCUUGCCGUGCUCGCUGACACAGCCACUUAUGGAAAUCGAACCUCUGCAACAGUUCUUUCAACCCUGUCCCGCGAGCUUUACGUACCAUCGGGUGCUCUUGCCUUCUCCAAUAAGAGUGUUGCAAGUGGAUGGGCACAGAAAAUAAGCCCUUAUGCGUCUGGAUAUCAUUUGAAAGCGGCCUUCCAUGCCAAUGACAGUGUCAAUGCCAACUAUCUUCUUCAUAGUGUAUGGGGUCCUAUGAGCGAUCCAUUACAUACCAACUAUACUGGCUGCAUGUGGGAAGUGAUCGCGGCCGAUGGUACUCCUGGGCUUGGCUCUGGUACAUCCUUGUGUCAUGUUUGGAGCUCAGGCCCUACCGCUGAUUUGAGUCGCUAUGUCCUUGGCGUCCAACCUGUGACCCCGGGCUUCAAGGAGUGGAAGAUUGUUCCCCAAUCAUUAGACCUCAACUGGGCUAAGGGAGCCUACCCAGUUCCGGGUGGUAGGAUUUACGUGGACUGGUCGUUUGACAGCAGUGAUCUGCUACACAUGAAUGUGACUGCCCCUAACGGUACGAAAGGCACGGUCUAUCUCCCUACCCCACUGAGGAAGUCUCUGAAUAAAUACAAUGCCACCGGCUUCCUUUCGAAUGAGAAGGGUUCCUUUACCGUGCAAGGUGGUGAGACAUUCUCAAUCCAUCAGACGAACUAG